UUUUGCUUCUGAAGCUUGAUUCCAGCAAGAGACUCUUCUCCCCUCUUUUUAUCAUCUUCGCUUGCCUACCGCACGCGGGCCAGGCUACGAAAUUCCCCGACUUGAUUGUUGCUUCAUCCCACUACAGAUCUCAUCCCAAGAAAUCUGCGAGACUCCUCGCUCCCGAAUCCAUCUCUCAAUCCUUCCAUUCCACCUCACUACCAAGUUACCGCUCUAUCCGCGUCUCCGACGACUCGAUUGCGUAGACCCAAGGAACUUGUCCAGCUCGCAAAGUCAAAAUGGAUCUUUCUAAUAUCUUCCGACUUGUCAACAUCGCCGUGGGUGUGAUCAUGGUUCUGGGCGGUAUCUCCCAGUUCUUCCCUCCGUCCAUGAGCUCCAUCAUUGUUGGUGGAUACGUGAUCAUUUUCGGUCUUCUUGUCGCUGGGCUGGAAUUCCUGCCCAACGUUCCGGACUAUGUCUACCGCUACGCUUCUUUCCUCUUCUCUUUCCUUGGCCGCGGUAUUUUCUACAUCUUCGUUGGUUCAAUCCUGCUGCACGACCACGUGUUGCGGUACAUCGCUGGUUCUAUCAUCGGAUUCAUCGGCGUGGGCUACUUGGCCCUGGAGUUCAUUCCCUCGAUCGAACCCCCGUCGAACAUGCGCGAGAGCGACCAGGGCUGGGGUGCUGAGCAGGUUUAAACGCGCCGGAUUGAUAUUUUUCGGGUGACGGGGAUUUUUCAUAGCGAACGAAUUCAGGAUGGCCUACACCGAUUAUUCCUCGUUGUGUAGCCCUACCGAUACCC